AUGGCACCUCAACUCGACGGAUAUUUCCAGAAGGUGGACGCCUUGUCCGACGCCUUCAUCGAGCGUUUGCGUGAGGCCGUCGCCAUCCCUUCCAUCUCCUCCGAGGCUGCUCGCCGCCCCGAUGUCGUCCGCAUGGGCCACUGGCUGGCUGACCAACUGACCAAGCUCGGCGCGUCUGCUGAGCUGCGGGAGCUCGGAAAGCAGGAGGGCACCGACCUCGACCUCCCCCCCGUCGUCCUCGCCCGGUACGGCAACGACAAGAACAAGCGGACGAUUCUGGUCUAUGGCCACUACGAUGUACAGCCGGCCGAGAAGAGCGACGGGUGGGACACGGAGCCGUUUGACCUAACCAUCAAGGAGGAUGGGCGCAUGUGCGGCCGUGGUUCGACCGACGACAAGGGGCCCGUCCUAGGCUGGCUCAACGCCAUCGAGGCCCACAAGGCUGCCGGCAUCGAGUUCCCUGUGAACCUACUCAUGUGCUUCGAGGGCAUGGAGGAGUACGGAUCAGACGGCCUGGACGAUCUCAUCAACGCCGAGGGAAAGAAGUACUUUGCCGAUGCCGAUGCCGUUUGCAUCAGCGACAACUACUGGCUCGGCACCGAGAAGCCGUGCCUGACGUAUGGUCUGCGUGGGUGCAACUACUACAGCAUCGAGGUAUCGGGUCCUGGCGCGGACCUCCACAGCGGUGUUUUCGGUGGCACCGCGCAGGAACCCAUGACAGACUUGGUGCGCGUCAUGGCGUCGCUGGUCGAUACCGACGGCAAGAUCCUGAUCCCGGGUAUCGUCGAGCAGGUUGCCCCCAUCACUGCGGAGGAGCACGGUCUUUAUGACAACAUUGCCUUCACCAUGGAAACUCUCCACGACUCGCUCGGUAGCAAGACGACCAUCUUCGAGGACAAGAAGUCGACCCUAAUGGCUCGGUGGCGGAACCCCUCGCUCUCGCUGCACGGCAUUGAGGGUGCCUUCUCGGCCCCUGGCGCCAAGACGGUCAUUCCGGCCAAGGUCACUGGCAAGUUCUCGAUCCGGACGGUGCCCAACAUGGAGAUCGACAAGACCAACGAUUUGGUGUGCCGCUACGUGGAGGACGUUUUCAAGAAGCUCGGUUCCAAGAACACCUUGAAGGUAUGGCCCCAGCACACCGGUAACUGGUGGGUCGCCAGCCCCAAUCACUGGAACUUCGCCGCCGCGGCCAAGGCGACCGAGCGCGUCUGGGGCGUCAAGCCCGACUUCACUCGCGAAGGUGGCAGUAUCCCUGUGACCCUGACCUUUGAGCAAGCCACGGGCAAGAACGUGCUGCUCUUGCCGAUGGGCAGCUCCACGGACGGUGCCCACUCGAUCAACGAGAAGCUGGACAAGCGCAACUACAUCGAGGGCAUCAAGCUUCUGGGCGCCUACCUGCACUAUGUUGCUGAGGAGCCCAUCAACUAA